CCGUCCGGCUGCCCGCUAGCCUACUACGACUUGGAACUUGGACCCCUUCCCCUUCCCCUUCCCCUUCUUCCUCUUCCUCGUGUCCUCUUCCGCCACCACCACCCUCAAUUGUCAAAUCAGGCAUCCUCCACCACCACCCACCACCAAAGCACCCGUCUUUACUUGAGUCUCUCCUCUACCCGCGAAUCCGUUGCGAGCUGCGGGUCAAACUAGACUCUUCCUCCUUCUCUGGGGUGAGAGUCUGAGUUUGCUGCUGCUGCCUGCCUGCCUGCCUGCCUGCCGGAGAUGAUGGACGCCGGAGGAGGAGGGGUGCGGUCGCAGGGGGUCAACCCGGACUGCCCCAACGCCGCUAACCCCUUCCACCGCUGCGCCGAAUACUGUCCCGUCCCCGCCCCGGCCGCCAACAAAGCCGCCUCCGCCUCCGCCGCUGCGGCGCGCGGCAAGCCGGCCCCGCCUCGUCCGAGGACGACGACGGUGGCGCAGAACGGGACAGCCAAGCACGGAGACGGCGCUGCGCGCGUCGUUCCCGCCGCCGACGCGGAGGAGGAGGAGAACGACGGCGGCGAGAGGGAGGAGUCGCGGGCGGUCGACCCGGGCUACUACCCGGCCAGUAAGACGUCUCCGCCUCGUCAGGGGCCGGCGCCGGUGCUGGGCUACGCGGCGCAGAACGGGACCGCGCGCCGUGUCGUGGAGGAGGAGUGCGAGAUUACCGUCGUCGAUGACGCGGAGGAGCAAGGCGAGAGCGUCGAGAACUACGGGGCGGAGGAGGAGCAGGGCAGUGGCGGCAGGACGAGGACGAGCGCCCGGUCGCCGGCCACGGACGGGGAGGGCAGCGGCGGCAGGACGAGGACGAGCGCCCGGUCGCCAGCCACGGACGGGGAGGCCGGCGGCGAGAGGCAGUGGCAGGCGGUCAAUCCGGACUGCCCCAACGCCGCCAACCCCUUCCACCGCUGCGCCGAGUACUGCCCCGUUCCCGUCCCCAAGGUGCCGCUGCCGCCACGUGGAUACGAGGGGAGCACGCACAGCGACCCUGGCGCGCCGCAUCCCAGGCCGCGCCGCCGCGACAAGGGCGGCUCCGGCGGCCUCCCCCUCUACGUCUUCCUGCGCGAAGGUUCUGAUGGCGACGGGAAGAAGGUGGAUCCCCGCUGCCCCAACGCGCCCAACCCGUUCCAUGUCUGCACCGACCACUGCCUCGCCAAGAUAGCCGACGCCGGCCGCUCGUCGGAGGGCGCCAAGUCGCCCAUUUCCCUCUUCUCGCGCCACUCCCGCCGUUCCUCAUCGUCCUCCGAAGAGGGUAGCUUGAAGUCCCCGGGGAGUAGGAAGGUGGAUCCAAAGUGUCCGAAUGCUGGCAAUCUGUUCCAUGAAUGUGGUGAGCAUUGUGCCACCAAGAUGCAGCAGACAGAGCAGCACAAGGGGUUCAAUAUCAAAUCCCCACGCAGAAAAGGGGGAAAGAAUGCUACAGUGAUUCCAAAUUGGAAGGUUGAUCCAAGGUGCCCUAAUGCGUCCAAUCCAUUCCAUAUGUGUGCCCAGUAUUGCUUUGAUCAUCUCAGUGAAACAGCGCAGACAAGUGCAACCAAGUCAGACAAGAGUAGAGGCAAGGAUAUUCCUAAAGAUGAGCGAAGAGGAGAAAUCAACUCUGAUUGUGUCAAUGCAUCCAACCCCUACCACAAGUGUGGUGACCACUGCAAGAGAAGAGGGUGAUAGGUAGACGAGGAAGGCUGGCGAGACAAGAUCUCUUCAGAGGGACGAUCGACGACGACGACGAUGAAAAAUUACUAAGUAAAUUCCAUCGACGGACCAUAGGCUUUGAGCUGCAGCAGAGGCUGUUUUGUAGGGUGUUGCAGCUGUUUGAAUUUGAAUCCUUUCCUUGUGUGUUCCUCCCCUGUGUGCUUCCAUAUCAUCAUCAUUAUUAUUAUUUUUUUAUUUCGCCAUUUCCAGCCUAUACUAGUGAAAUGCAUAUAUGGCAUAUUGUAGUUCCAUUGUAAUGUAUAUUUUUUUCCCCUGAUGAUGAAGGCUGUACAAAUAGAAGCAUCCUGGAGUAUCUGCUGUUCUUUUUUUUUCCCUCUUUCCCUUCACUUGUGUAAGUGUAAGAUAUAAGAACCCUCCGAACUUAUAGCACCAAAAUGAAAGCAAAGCAGGUUUUGGUUUUC